UAGGAGGGGCAUAAAAUGCAGACUUUUUAUUUAAGAUAGAAAGACUCUUUUCAUGAAAAUACUCAGACCGACACAAAAAACAAAACACUAAUAAUGGGCCACGUGUACACUUUGGCAAAAAGCAAGAAAGCAGUGUAUAGACAAAGAAAGGCACCUUGGAUUGGGCUUUUUAUCAAAUUAUAAUGAUAAAAAAAAAAUGAUGAUGAUGACAUAUAACCUUUUAUUAUGCCACAUCUCUUCAUCAAUCACUCUUUUCAAUGCCAAUAACACCAAAAACAAAAAAUGAAAUAAAAUGUGGCCAUCAUACAAAUAGCAAAAACCUAAAGAAAUCCUGGAAAAUGACUUUGGUUCCUAGGCUCACAUAAUCCAUCUAAACAAAUGAAAUAACACACUCUAAAGAAUCCAGAAACAGAAUCCCACCACCACAACCACCACCACCAUCAUCAUCACCACCACCACCAUGAUGGUUGGCAAGAUCAUAACCACCACCAUAGCCAUAGCCACCACUCUAUCUUUCUUCUUCAUUUCAACCCCACCAAAAUCCUACUACCAUUCACAGUUCAUAUCUCCAUCACUAUCAGAUAAUGCAUCAAUAUCACACCACCUCUUCACCCUUACCCGCCGCCCUCACCUUGCCGGAUCUCCGGCCAACGCGGAGGCGGCUUCCUACGUCUUAUCAACUCUCUCCUCCAACAACAUCAAAUCACACCUAUCAGAAUACGCCGUCUUACUCACUUACCCUGAUUCCCGUUCCCUGACGCUAAUCCGCCCGUUCCCAGAAUCACCCACCACUUUCAAUCUCCAGCAGGAGGUCUACAAAGGAGACCCGUAUGCUGACGUGGCAGACCAAGUGGAACCCACUUUCCAUGCAUACGCCAAGUCAGGAACUGUGAAAGGGCUUGUGGCGUACGUGAAUUACGGGCGUGUAGAAGACUAUGCAAUGCUUAAAGAGAUGGGGAUCAAUGUUUCGGAUGCCAUUGUAUUGGCCAGAUACGGGAAGAUAUAUAGAGGGGACAUCAUUGAGAAUGCGUAUGAUGCCGGUGCAAUAGGGGUGCUAAUUUAUACGGAUAGGAAAGACUACGGUGGGGGCGGGGGCAAUACAAAGUGGUUUCCGGAUGACAAGUGGAUGCCGCCAAGUGGGGUGCAGGUGGGAACGGUGUUCAAUGGGGCAGGUGACCCUACAACACCAGGGUGGCCUAGUACUAUUGAGGGUUGUGAGAGAUUAUCCGUGGAUGAAGUGGAGAAAGGAGGAGAUGUUCCACUGAUACCUUCAUUGCCGAUAUCAGGAGCUGAUGGUGAGGAAAUUAUUAGGUCCAUAGGUGGGGUGGUGGCUGAUGAUGAUUGGCAGGGUGAUAAAGAUGCACCACUUUACAGGAUUGGACCGGGGCCGGGAAUUGUAGACCUUAGUUAUAAGGCAAAAGAAGUCAUAAGCACCAUUCAGAAUGUCAUAGGGAUAAUUGAAGGAGCAGAGGAACCUGAUAGAUUUGUUAUCCUGGGUAAUCACCGGGAUGCUUGGACAUUUGGAGCUGUUGAUCCCAACAGUGGCACUGCAGCACUACUCGAGGUUGCAGAAAGGCUAGGGAAGCUACAGAAACAAGGCUGGAAACCUAGAAGAACUAUCAUCUUUUGCAAUUGGGACGCAGAGGAAUAUGGAUUGGUUGGAUCCACAGAGUGGGUUGAAGAAAACCGAGAAAUGCUAGCUUCAAAGGUUGUUGCUUACUUAAAUGUUGACAUUGCGGUUGCUGGACCAGGAUUUCAGGCCUCUGCAACUCCGCAGCUUGAUCAGCUAAUCAUAGAAGCUACAAAGCAGGUUCAAGACCCAGACAAUUCAUCACAAACAGUCUACGAAUCCUGGGCUCAAGCUAGCAAUUAUCCUGAGAUUGGACGGUUAGGAGGUGGAGGAUCAGAUUAUGCAGCAUUUGUACAGCAUAUUGGUGUCCCAGCGAUAGAUAUAUCUUUUGGAAAUGGCUACCCAGUCUACCAUUCCAUGUAUGAUGACUUUGUCUGGAUGAGCAACUUUGGCGACCCAAUGUUUCGUAGACAUGCAGCGGCGGCCAGCAUUUGGGGUUUAGUAGCUCUUCGGCUUGCAGAUGAAGUAAUUUUGUCUUUCAAUUAUGAUUCCUAUGUAAAUGAGCUUCAGAAAAGUGCAGAAGACUUGGACACUCAGUUAUUGGAUAAGAGCAUAACCCUCCUUCCCCUGUUCAAAUCUAUCGAAAAAAUGAAAACAGCAGCCAUACAAAUAAAUGGCGAACUUGAGGAAAUAAAAGAAAACAAAGGUUGGGCAUUCAUGUGGAAAAAUCAACCUUGGAAACUGAGAAAAAUGAAUGACAGAUUGAUGAUGGCAGAACGAGCACUUACAGAUAGGGAAGGACUCUCUGGAAGACCUUGGUAUAAGCAUCUGAUUUAUGGUCCAUCAAAGCACAAUGAUUAUGGAUCUAAAUCCUUCCCUGGAAUAGACGAUGCUGUUGAAAUUGCAAAGAGCCUCAACACUGAAGAUUCAUGGCAUUCAGUACAACAUGAAAUUUGGAGAGUCUCCAGAGCCAUCACACAGGCAUCACUAGUUCUUCGUGGUGAACUAACAUAAGGACUAGAACAUUAUUGCACCAUCUGGUUUUACAAGGUCAAUUUUAUGAUAAGAUAUCUUAUAAUUCUGCUUUACAAUAUCACAUUCAGGCAUCAACAGGCUUGACCAUGUCAUGCCAUAGGAAGCUCCAGUUCUGUAGCUCUUUUUUAUUGUAACUAUAAGUUUCUGUUACAGAUUCUUACAUCUGUCUUCAGGAAAAAGAAUGAUGUGAACAAUUUGUCAAGCAUCCAAAAAACAGUUAAAUGGAUUACUAGUGAGACA